AUGGUAGACCGCAUAGAAGUAGCCACAGCAUCGAGUGAGCCCGCUGCCAGUAGCAGUGAGGUUGCCUCCGGCUACAGGCGAGCUGGGUACAUCCUGGACGAUGAAGAGGAGCCAGCUCUCAUAGCGGAUUUGCAAUUGCACGACUGCUUGAUUGUAGGUGUGAGCACAGGCUUUACUGCUCUGACGGGCUUUCCCAGAGAAGAGGCAUUGGGUCAAAACUGUCGCAUGAUGCUGCAAGGCGUGCCUGAGGUUGCCAUCUCGAAGUCUGCAAGAAAAAACCUUCGGGACUUCUGCCGGAUGUGCAAGAUCAGGACGCUUGAUAACAUCUCCGAGGUCACAUCGCUGCAGCCCAACAGCCGCAGGGAUGGGACUCAGUUCGUCAACUUUUUUCUUGUCGGCCUCGUCCAGGUCGGCACUGACAAAUACCUGCUUGGAGUGCAAAGGUUAGUCGGCGAAGGGCUUUUUGUCUCCUUGCAUGGCCGGAUGAUUGAGGAGGUUACGGAAGCGGCGCGCGAUACGUUCAAACGCAUUCGCCAGAGGCUUCUUAGCUUGGACUCCAGCGCAGGCCGGUUUUCGCGGGUCGACCACCAGCUCGGCUUCACGUUCUUCUCAGAACGACUACAGGACCACUGCUUGCUGCUCAACGGCAAUCGGACAGCCAUGCGACGCGAGCCACAGGAGCUUGCUACGAAUUGUCUGGUCUUCGGCAAUGCGCCUGUAAAGAUGACCCCAAGCGGGCUUUACUUUGCCGUGCGCAUCGAGGAUGCCGUGACGACAUUCGAGGGCCUUCCCAUAAUGGGCUUCACUCGCCGCCGGCCGGUGGACCAUCCGAGUCUCUACCCGACGGUCUGCAGGUGUUUGGGCGCCAGCGUAUUGGUGGGUGCCUGUGGCGAGGCCUUUGCUCGCGACCAGACAGAACAUUUUCGGAUCGGCUUCAGGCAGCCGCCGCAGACGGAGGUCGCUUCCUGGUCCACACAAGCCGACGUGCCUCCGCACAAGCGUAGGGCGCCGGUGAACGUCAACCCGGGCGAUGUCUUCGGGUGCCUGUACACCAUGGAGGGGCGACUGCAGCUUUGGAGGAACGGCUCCCAGGUCUUGGAUUUCGACGUGGGGCGUCCCAUCCAGCAGGGCGCUGACUACUACGCAGUGGUGGACGUUUGUUUGGCCGCGUACUCCGUCAGCCUUCUGCCGCAUUCGAGCCCAAGCCAGUACUCGGAGUCCUCGGCCCAUGAGGUCUCUGAGGAUCCCAGGCGUGGCCUUCCGUAUGGCGGGUAUGGCCCUGCCGGCUCCUGCACUGCAGAGGUCGCCCGGGCGGCUGCCGCAGCACCAGCUCGCAAAGGUCCGAGGAAGCGCAGGCAGCAGCAGGUGCAGCACUCAGCUGAAGUGCUUUCCAAUCCAGACUUCCUUGACCUAGAGGGUCAAAUUUCGAGGAUAAACGAGAACAGGAAUGCCCGUGAGCAAGACUGCGCCGCAGAGGGAUCCCGUGACCACCCUCGAGGAGGCGCCAGGUUGUAUCUGGCCAAGCUCGCGGGCGCCUGGACGGAAGCUGAGGUUCGAGGGCCGGAAUUUUCGAGGGACAGCUCGCCUUUCAUGCUGGAGAACUUCUUUGAGGCCAAGGCUGUGAGACUGGUGUGCAUCGCCAUGUCUCGGACUCGUCACUGGUUCUGGCUGUCGCUGGUGCUCUAUGUUGCCCUGCGAGCGAGCCAGGUGCUGUUCGUGGGCCCAAUGCCUGCCGCGCCAACACGCACGUCCAUGGCUGCAACGAAAAAGAAGGGUGCGGUGAAGAAAGGAGGAAAGUAUCGAGGUGUGGUGAAUCCGAGGCUGCGCAACUUCAUCCAAUCGAGCGAGUACCGAGAGCUGCUUACACUGCUCAAAAACGUGAAUGACGAGGGCGUCCUCGAUGACUUCUUAGCCAAGGCAGAGACGUAUUGGAUGGACAUCAACAUCUUCCAGCUGGCUAUGGAGGAGCAGUCAGGCGGCGGGCGGGGUGUUGUGGCGACAGUAAAACGGGAUUGGCCCAAGAUCUGGCCACCUCAACUGGAGGGCAAUCGCAUGUAUGCAUUCGACUGCUUCGCCAAAUUCUGGGGCAGACUGGAGCGCUCGAAGCUUGUGGAUGAUGUCAUGUCCGAGGUCCUCCCGGAUCUGGGCAAAGACUACAGCGAGAAGCUGGAAAGCAAGGACCAGCAGAAGCUGAUGCAAAUGUCGGAUGACGAGCGCCGUGACGAAAUCAUGAGUCGCCUGGGAACUUCGCCCAUCGUGGCCCAGUAUGCUGCUCUGAGCAAAGAAGAUCCCGAAGUCAAGGCGAUUGGAUCCAAGAUGGCACCCUUUGUGGCAAAGUUCGUGUCAAUCCUGGAGAGGAAGGUGUCUACGCAGACGGAAUCGCUUGGUCAGACUGUUGAUGUUGUUGUCGUCGGCGUAAUCGCAGUCGUUGUCCUUAUUGGACUGAGCUUCGCCGGGAUUAUCAAGAUCCCUGAUCCGACUUGGUGA